UAAAGAGAGGCUGUUUACCAGAAGAGCAUAACAAGGGCAGGUCUGACUGCAAGGCUGGGACAGAGAGGCAGAGCUGCCGCCAAAGGGGACUCUGGUUGGACACCGGUUGGUCAAUCACCUGCAGGAUGAAGGUGGUGAGGAUGCUGUUAGCCUGCAUGCAAACAUUCCUCCUCAGCAACAUGCUCCUAGCAAAAGUCUAUGGAUCUGGAGGCUGCUUCUGGGACAACGGCCACCUGUACAGGGCGGACCAGCCCUCCCCCUCGCCGGGCCUCCGCUGCCUCAACUGGCUGAAUGCGCCGAACAGCCUGGCCUCUGCGCCCGAGUCCGGCGCCGGCAACCACAGCUACUGCCGGAACCCGGACCGGGACCCGCGCGGACCCUGGUGCUACGUCAGCGGCGAGGCGGGCGCUCCGGAGAAGCGGCCUUGCGAGGACAUGCGCUGCCCAGAGACUGCUUCCCAGGACCCGCCAAUCUCCACAACAGAAACCAAGAAGGCGUCUGAAAUGCCAGGUGGAGAUGAGGUGCAGGUGUUCCCUCCUGCCAACACCCUGCCUGCCCUGAGCGAGGUGGCAGCUGUUCAGCCUGUGAUUGGAAUCAGCCAGCGGGUGCGGGUGAACUCUAAGGAGAAAAAGGAUCUGGGAACCCUAGGUUAUGUGCUGGGCAUUACCAUGAUGGUGAUAAUCAUCGCCAUUGGAGCUGGCAUCAUCUUGGGCUACACCUACAAGAGGGGGAAGGACCUGAAAGAGCAGCAUGAGCAGAAGGUGUGUGAAAGGGAGAUGCAGCGAAUCACCCUGCCCUUGUCUGCCUUCAGCAACCCCACCUGUGAGAUCGUGGAUGAGAAGACUGUCGUGGUCCACACCAGUCAGACUCCCAUCGACCUUCAGGAGGGCAGCGCCCCCCUGAUGGGUCAGGCAGGCACUCCUGGGGCCUGAGCCCCUGCACAGUGGGCAGGAGCCCAUGCAGACACUGGUGCAGGAUGGCAUACCCUCCUACAGAUGGGAGAACCAACACUUUUUGUUGUGGUUAAAACCCUCCCCCCACUUUUUUUUUUUCCUUUUGUUUUUUUUGUGAAUCAUAAGCAGAUGGCACUGUGGGCUCAGGGCGAGUCUGGGUAGGGUCCUACCGAUGCUCUUUCUCCAUUCCUUGGAGUGGGAGUUUGCCCAUGGAUGGAGACAGUGGCAGUCCGCCUUCCUCCCCCCAGCAGUGUGGCUGACAAGGGCUUCCAAACACUGCCUGCGCCCCGGAACUGAAUCAGGGACAGACAGGGAGCUCUCCCAGGCUCCUCUGUGCUUUAUUAUCUAAGGUGGCCUUGGGGUCCGCCCUUCCAUUUGUUCUCUGUGGGUUUGAAUGGCGUACACUGUUAUUCAUAGUUCAGGUCAAGCAGGACGAGAGGUGGCAUUUAAAAAAAUAUAUUUAGUUUUUUAAAUAUUUGGGAUGGAACUCCCUCCUGACCUCUGAGAAUGGGAAGUGAGUUUGUGUAACAGUCUAAACUGUGGGUUGAGAACGGGAUCUAGGCUGGGGGCUGCUGGGUGUGCUCCAGCCUGCUGGCAGAGAUGUGCCUUGACAACAGCGGGCCAGGCCUGGACCUGGGGCCAGGGACUCUUCCUGUUUCACAAGGAACGGAACGGAAAAA